AUGUGCUACCUACGGACCAAAACACGCCAGCUACAUCAGAAAGACGACAUAUUGAAGGAAAACGAGGACUGCCAGACUCGUACGACGCGUGCAAUGACGUGGCAAAGGAAGGAUCGGACAGACGUAUAUCCUUGUCAAUCAAUUGUCAAUCGACCUAUUCACCAUUACUCUGGUGGACUCAAUCCGAAGGGAACUUUCAAGAUUCUUUCGGAGGGCAUCGAGGAUGAGAAUUCCGUCGUCAAACCCAAGUCAAAUCCAAACCCACCUACAUCGCCAUCGCGUCCCAAAUGCUCUUGUGUCCUCGGCUUCCUCGAAGAUUUUAAGGACAAAAAGCCCGCCGAUGUAUCGCCGUCCGAUAAAAGCCCUGUCUACACGUGGGUCGCAUACGGGUGUCGAAUGGUCCAGAACCUGCAAAAGACAACAAUGAAAAGUCGUCACCGCCUUUCGUUGCCUCGACGCAACGUAUCGACUUCCGCCAAUCACUAUCCCAACACGACGGGGUCUGCCCGGGACUGUUCCCUUGUUUUCUUUCGACGUUGUGGGGUGGAACGACUACGCGAGGUGAAUUUGUGA